AUGGUUUUAGCCCAAGGCAGGAGUAGAUCAUGGCCCCAUCCACCUCGUGAACGCUGGCCUCGGGAUCAGCUAGCAGGGCUCGGAUGGAAGGUCAAGUUCGAUGGGCACCAUCAGUUUGAGGAAAUAGAUGCACAGAACGAUACUCCUUUAGGAAUUCUGAAGCGCCCCCGGCUCGUGUCUCAAGUUUGUGAGGCUGUGGCAAAGGUCGUUGGUGAUCAUGCUCGCAAGGGGGAGCUUCCCCUGACCCUCGGCGGCGAUCAUAGUCUAGCUAUGGGGACGAUCUCCGGGGUGUUGAGCGCAUACCCUGAGGCUUGUGUAGUUUGGGUAGAUGCUCACGCCGACAUCAAUACACCUUCAACCAGCACAAGUGGUAACAUCCACGGCAUGCCGCUCUCCUUCUUGCUUGGCAUUGCAGGGGAGGUACCUCGGGUGGAGUCCGGCCCGCAACCUUUCGAAUGGAUCAAGCCCAUCUUGCGACCCGACCGACUAGUCUAUAUUGGUCUUCGCGACGUUGACAACGGGGAGAAGCAGAUUUUGCGGGAGCACGGUAUUCGUGCAUAUAGCAUGCACGAAGUUGACCGAUAUGGGAUUGGCCGCGUUGUCGAACUCGCGCUCGCAUAUGUCAACCCCGACGGAAAUCGCCCAAUCCAUUUGAGUUUCGAUGUGGAUGCGCUCGACCCGAGUGUCGCCCCCAGUACGGGGACGCCGGUCCGAGGUGGUCUCACUUUCCGCGAGGGUCAUUAUAUUUGCGAGGCGAUUGCCGAAACUGGCCUACUUGUCGGUCUCGAUAUUAUGGAGGUCAACCCGUCCCUGGGUGCUGGUGAUGCAGAUUCUAGGAUCCCUCAUCUGCACAUCAUGUUCAUUGGCAACCUAAUCCGCACUCUCCCCAUUCUUGGGAUUGCUGCUACAGCGGUCGAUGCCUCGCCUGUUCCUACUUUUGGCCAAGGCUCCCCCAGCUUGCGUGGCGUCCUUUGCGCACUCCCCAUUGUCCGCACGUUGUGCAGGAAGGAUACUGGCGAGGUCGAUGUGCUCACUCCUGUUGGAAUGGCUCGUGGGCUUCAAACCACCUCGACAUCUUCCAGAUUCGUUGUCCAAUAUGCAUCAGCCAGCCGCUGGGGAUUGCCAACAAAGGCUAAUGCCUGGAAUAUCCCGGGUAAUGAUAUCAACAAGAUGCCACCUAUGUGUCCUCAGCCAAACGUCCCUGCUUCAACUUACUCCGAAGAUUGCUUGUAUAUGGCUAUUUACACCCCGGUUCCCUCUCCUUCUGUAUUAUCGAAUGUUCCCAUCCUCGUGUGGGUGCAUGGCGGGUCAUUCGAGGUUGGAUCCGCGUCCGACCCAGGCCUUGAUGGAGCAGCUCUUGCCAAGGGCACCAAUUCUAUUGUUGUGGUAGUUCAGUACCGCCUUGGAGCCUUUGGUUUGGUCCCUCCUACCUCCAUGAGUGGUAAUUCGAAUUUGGCUGUUCGUGAUGUAAUCACUUCUCUUCAGUUUGCCCGCCAAGUUUUGCCCAGUUUUGGAGGAGACAUUAACAAGAUCACACUUGCUGGCCAGAGUUCUGGCGCACAAAUGAUACGGGCGCUGCUCGGUACGCCUAGCGCGUCCGGUCUGUUUAGUUAUGCCGCAUUGCAUUCCGACACUAUGGACUAUGGAUUUUACAAGCCUCAGAUCAUCACCGACCUUCAAACGCAGCUGUACACAAACACCUCGGGUCCCCUUGCAGCGUGCAACGACUCCGCCUGCCAAAUGGGUAUUUCCCUACCGGACAUCAUCUCAGCCCAAGAGGAGAUGCGUAAUAAGGUACAAAACAUGUAUCCAGUUACCCUCAGCGGUUCUCCGAUUCGUCCAGUCCACGAUGGUCAACUAUUGCAGUAUACGAUGACCGGUAAUUCUUUCCCCCCUGCGGCCAACAUGAAACCAGUACUUGUCAUGACAGUCAAGGAUGAGGCUGGCAACUCUAUCGGGACAAACUUGCCUGCUGGAUUUCCUGCUUCAUACUUUGCCAUACCCGUUACCACAUUCCUCGGUACUGGUCGUACUUCAACAAUUGAAACUUCUGGCAACUACGAUCCGGACGCGUAUGGUGCACAGGCUGGGUACACCAAUGAUAGUGAUAAUACUCGCAAUGCUAUCACCCAACUCUUCACUGAUGGAUAUUGGCGUUGUCCGAGUUGGACGUUCAGCCGUAGCUGGGCCUCCAAGGGUGGAGUUGUGUACACUGGAGAAUUCCAGAAUGGCGCGACGUAUUAUGCCAACCAGAACAAUGCUUACUGCAAACAAUCAGGCAUGGUCUGCCAUCAAGACGAUAUCUACAUCUUGUUUGGCACUACUCCAUCGCCUACAUCGGCCCAGACUGCAUUGACUCAGGAAAUUCAAUCCCGUUACUCUUCGUUUAUUCGUUCGGGAGUACCCAACCCUUCAUCUGGAUCUUAUGCCGCUUGGGCUCAAUCGGGCAGUACCGAUGUUGCUGCGCUCAAACUAGGUGGUACCGGCACUCGUCCCGCUGAAGCUUGCGACCCGACCUUCUGGGGCUCGCAGGUUCCGUACGACUAUCAAGUCUACGGCCUCUGA